AUGUGGUUUACGGCCUUGUCGGCCCUCUGGCUGGCAGCGACGGCCUGGGGCGCUGUCGACCGCGGCGAGGAUGGGAACGUCAGAAGUAUUGCUCUCCGAACCCAUACCUUGAAGCAGCCGUACCUAGACUCCGAUAUGUCCAGCCGAUGGUACGACUUUGGAGGCGACACGAUUGUUCGGACGGACUCAUACAUCCGGCUGUCCUCCGAUCGUCCUUCGCAAAACGGAUGGCUAUUCUCGCGAGUGCCGUUGACCGCCACGAAUUGGGAGGUUGAGGUGGAGUUCAAGAUACACGGCAAGAACCAAUUGUUCGGCGAUGGCUUCGCAAUGUGGCUGACGAAGGAGCGAGGGGAUAUGGGACCGGUCUUCGGGCACGCCAACAACUUCGAAGGCCUCGGCAUCUUCUUCGAUACCUACAAGAAUAACCGACCAGGCGUCGUAUUCCCCUAUGUCAUGGCCAUGUUUGGCGAUGGAAAGACUACGUACAACAAGGACAACGAUGGAAAGGAGACCGAGUUCGCCGGUUGUUCGGCCCGUGGCAUUCGGAAUGCCAACAUCCCGACCAAGUUGAAGUUGACAUACUUCCAAGACAAGUCGUUGAAGCUGGAGCUCCAAUACAAGACCGAGGACGAAUGGCAGCUUUGCUUCGAGACGACGGAGCCGCCAGCGAUCCCCUCGGUCACGUAUCUGGGCUUCAGUGCCGAGACUGGCGAGCUGAGCGACAACCACGACAUCAUCUCCAUCGAAGCUAAAAACCUGUACACGACAGGCGGCUCGGCCACCCGACCUACACCCGGCAAGGGCAGCUCGAAGUCGAGGCAGAAGAACAAGAACAAGAGCGGUGGCAGCUGGACAUGGUUCCUAUUCAAGAUUGUCCUGGUCGCACUGGCUGUGGGCGGUGCGUAUGUGGGUUACACGGCAUGGCGGGCGAAUCAGAAGAGAAGCCACCGCUUCUAA